GAAGAGGAGACGGAAUGGCAACGAAGAUGACUGCCACAUGCCACAGACAAAACGUAGCACCAGGACUACAGUCGUUCAGGAUUCCUGGGACACUGAGAAGGUGGCUGUAAAGAAAAACAGUAAGGAACCCAGACUAAAAGGAAACAGAGUGUCCUGUGCGUCCUCUAGCAGUGAUAGCGGCAGCAGCAGCAGCACCUGUAGCAUCAACAGCCCUGACCGAGCGUGCGGUGCGGAAAUCAACCUCAACCCCGGCAUCGCAGGAUCCAGCCCCGUCUACUCUGUGUCCUUCCACGAGCCAUCUGCCCUAAGCCAAGGUCCAUACUUCUAUAUCAAUCAGAUCCUGAAGGAAGCGCACUUCCAUAGCUUACAGAGCCGGGGCCGCCUCCCAACAUGA